AUGCAUCGUCUUUUUGCUGAGCUGGAGCCAUCUUUAACCGUCACAGAGCAAAACCUGGCAGACCGAGUUCGGUAUAUCUUGCGGUCAAAUAUAUAUGAUGUUGCCGAACUCGAACGGCUACGACGUGAGGCUGUUCCCUCGUCGGAUGAAAAUGUUAUGACUGAGGAUGCGGCGCCACAAAUGGUAGAGCAACCCACAAACGUGGAUGCCGCCGUGAAUACCCCAGUUGUAGUUGAUUCAAACGAUGAUGGAACAGUCGCCUAG